CCUCGGCCCGCUUUAUAUGCCCCGCCCUCCACAUCACCACAGCCUCCGAACUCGACGGCUCGACCGUCUCUCCUCUCUCUCUCUCUCUCCCCCUCACCACCACAUCAGCGGGGCCACCCCCGGCCUCUUCUUCCCUGCAUUUGAUUGAUCCGUCGCUUGCCCGGUCGCCCGUCGAUCCGUUUACCCGCCGUCCGCCCGUCCCCGGCAGCCGCAGCCGCACCGCAGUUGCAGGUGGACUGCGAAUGUCAUCGAUGCAGUUCAGCAGCGUGCUGCCCCUGGAGGGCAAAGCGUGCGUCUCCCCCGUCAGGAGAGAGGGCUCCGCCUCCGAGCGCCUCAAGGUCGGGGACAGCAGCAGCAUCAGGCACGAGAGGGCCUCCAGGAGGAUGUGCAACGGCGGCAGGGGCCCCGCCGCCACCGGCGCGCAGUGCGUGCUCACCUCCGACGCCAGCCCAGCAGACACCCUUGUUCUCCGGACGUCCUUCCGCAGGAAUUACGCCGAUCCGAACGAGGUCGCGGCCGUCAUACUCGGCGGUGGCACCGGGACUCAGCUCUUCCCUCUCACAAGCACAAGGGCCACACCUGCUGUUCCUAUUGGAGGAUGUUACAGGCUCAUCGAUAUUCCCAUGAGCAACUGCUUCAACAGUGGCAUCAACAAGAUAUUCGUCAUGACGCAGUUCAACUCGGCCUCUCUUAAUCGUCACAUUCACCGCACCUACCUUGGCGGGGGAAUCAAUUUCACUGAUGGAUCUGUUGAGGUAUUGGCCGCGACGCAAAUGCCCGGGGAGGCUGCUGGAUGGUUCCGCGGAACAGCGGAUGCCGUCAGAAAAUUUAUCUGGGUGCUUGAGGACUAUUAUAAGAAUAAAUCCAUAGAGCACAUUUUGAUCUUGUCGGGCGAUCAGCUUUAUCGCAUGGAUUACAUGGAGCUUGUGCAGAAACAUGUGGAUGACAAUGCUGACAUUACUUUAUCAUGUGCCCCUGUUGGAGAGAGCCGGGCAUCUGAGUACGGGCUAGUGAAGUUCGACAGUUCAGGCCGUGUGGUCCAAUUUUCUGAGAAGCCAAAGGGUGACGAUCUGGAAGCGAUGAAAGUGGACACCAGUUUUCUCAAUUUCGCCAUCGACGACCCUGCUAAAUAUCCAUACAUUGCUUCUAUGGGAGUCUAUGUCUUCAAAAGAGAUGUUCUGCUCAACCUUCUAAAGUCAAGAUACGCAGAACUACAUGACUUUGGGUCUGAAAUCCUCCCGAGAGCUCUGCAUGACCACAAUGUACAGGCUUAUGUCUUCACUGACUACUGGGAGGACAUUGGAACAAUCAGAUCCUUCUUCGAUGCGAACAUGGCCCUCUGCGAGCAGCCCCCAAAGUUCGAGUUUUAUGAUCCCAAAACUCCCUUCUUCACCUCGCCUCGAUACUUGCCACCAACAAAGUCAGACAAGUGCAGGAUCAAAGAAGCGAUCAUUUCGCACGGCUGCUUCUUGCGUGAAUGCAAAAUCGAGCACUCCAUCAUCGGCGUUCGUUCACGCCUAAACUCCGGAAGCGAGCUCAAGAACGCGAUGAUGAUGGGCGCGGACUCGUACGAGACCGAGGACGAGAUAUCGAGGCUGAUGUCGGAGGGCAAGGUCCCCAUCGGCGUCGGGGAGAACACAAAGAUCAGCAACUGCAUCAUCGACAUGAACGCGAGGAUAGGAAGGGACGUGGUCAUCUCAAACAAGGAGGGAGUGCAAGAAGCCGACAGGCCGGAGGAGGGGUACUACAUCAGGUCCGGGAUCGUGGUGAUCCAGAAGAACGCGACCAUCAAGGACGGCACCGUCGUGUAGAGCGCCGCCGGGUCGGCGCGACAGGUUCUGCGACAACCUCUGCGCUGCGUUGAUCGUCGUCGUCGUCUCGAGGCCCGGGAGGGACUGAAGAAGUGACCCGGGGACGGGAGGCGUUUGAAGCUUGAAUGACUGAGAAGGCGCGCGCGGGCAGCAUUAGUAGUAAGUAGUAGUAAGGAGCAGUGGAACAAAGUAAUAGUCGUUCGUUUUUCCCCUGUAAUAAAUAAGAGGCUGUGUGUUGAGGUAAAGAAGUGGCAGCGAUCAAACAAACUCCCGGGGGAUGUUCGUGUAAAUAAAACUCUAUCUAGACCUGUGAAAUUUUCAGGGGGUUUUCUUGUCGA